UCAACUCGAAAUCUCUACGUCAGUUUCUUGUACUCGAUCAUGGAUAUCAAAACCUUGCUUGACAAUCUUCACGAUGAAGUAUCCUGUUCUGUGUGUAGGACUUCAUUUACUGAACCAAAGAUUCUGCCAUGUUUGCACAAACGUUAACAGGGUAUCAGGAACGAGUGGCCGUUAUGAUGCAUUUCUCUGUCCUGAAUGCCGAAGAGAAGUUCAAGUCCUCAGCAGUGGAAACCUCAAGGAUCUACCAUGUGCUGGCCUUCAAAGAAUGCCAUACUACUGGAACGAAAUGUGGAAACUGCGACAAAAGUAGCAGAAACAGUUCGUACUGUUUUCAGUGUUGUGCGUUCUGGUGUGACGAGUGCAUCCGUUGCGCAUAACUUGAUCAAAGCGAAUAAAGAGCAUUGAAUUCUUGCUCUGAAGGAUUUUAAAGAUCAAGACAUCGAGAAUGUAUUGAAGCGGCCAGCAUUUUGCCAACGGAAGCAUCACAAAAAAGAAGAACUCAAGUUCUUUAGCAAAACCUGUGAUGUUCUCAUUUUUAAUUCUUGUGCUGCAACCAUCCAUGAUGGUCACGCAAAGAUUCUUUUAGAACUGAAGAAGCAGCGAGUGAACGCAAGUUACAAGUCAAGUCUUUGAUCGAGUCGCAAAAGGAGAAAACUGAACAGAAGAAGAAGGAAAUCGUCGCAAUUGAAAGACUUUGUAACCAUACUGAAGUGCGAGCCGAUGCAGUGAAACGAGAUAUCCACAAUUUUACUGAAAACAGUGAUCGCAGCCAUUGAAGCAAAAACGAAGGAAAUGUUAAACAAGGUAGAACUACAACAAAAAGAGUCCCUUGAAUGUGUGCGAACUCAACAAUGCAAGGUAAAGUGUCAAGUCAAACUGCUGGAAACAGCUGUCGAAAAAACUGAAACAGUAUUCAAACAUAGUACAAACGCCGAGAUUACACAGUUGGAUAAGUCACUGAACACGGUCUUACCGGAAUCGAAGAAGGCAGCGAUGAUGGAAAACAAGCCGUAUCUGACCUUGAAGGUCUUCGUCAAUUCCCUUUCACAGAAAACAAAACAUUCUGACAGCAUCGGCUCAUUUGUAGCCUUUGAGACUGAAACUCUCGCUCAUUAGUCAACUGCCGAACGAAAAGGAAUCACUGAAGCGAUUGUUGGACUUCAAUCAAACUUUUUUGCUAACAACAUGAAAUGCAGAGGGAGAACAAUGCCUGACUGUGUAAUGGUGGAAAUCAAAACUCAGCAAGGCCUUGAUCAUGACUAUGCCACAGAAGUGCGAGUCCAACAUAACAAAGAUGGUAGCUACAAAAUCAGAUAUUUCCUCAAAGAUACAGGAAAAUGCCAAAUAUCCGUGAAAGCAAAUGAAGAACACAUUGGUGGCAGUCCAUUUACUGUUGAGACGAAACCCAGACAGUUUAGACCCUUGUUAUCUUUUGGAAAAGGAGGUUCGUCAGUUGGAAUGUUUCGCUGUCCAUAUGGAGUGGCAGUGAAUGACCGAGAUGAAAUUGCAGUGACUGACCCUAAUAAUCACAGGGUUCAGGUAUUCAGUAGUGAUGGAACUUACUUAAGAUCUUUUGGUAAGGAGGGUGAUGAACAGGGCCGAGAGUUUCAUUGCCCUGCUGACAUAGCACAUGAUAAGAAGAAGAACAUAAUUAUGGUGGACACCGACAACCACCGCGUUCAAUUUUUCAAUUAUCAAGGCAGGACACCUGAGGGUCUGUGACAAAAACAAUCCCAGAGUUCAGGUAUUUGAGCUGAGUGGUAAAUUUGCAAGAAAGUUCGGAAAAAAAGGGAGAGGGUCUGGAGAGUUUAUGUGGCCAAGAGCGAUAGCAGUUCAUAGUGAUGGUAGGUUAGUUUUGGUUGAUUGGUUGAUCCAUCGCAUUCAAAUAUACGGAUAAAUGUUGAUAAAUACAA